AUGGCUCAACACCCACUCCUUCCUCCGGGAACUGUUCACUUGAUCAAUUACGAAGAGGCCACCGAAUCCCCAACAUUCGUUCUCUCCCCAACCCCGUCGUCAGACCCAAACGACCCACUGAACUGGAGUAAAUGGAGAAAGUAUCUUAACUACAGUCUUGCUAUGGGCGUUACCGUGGCUGCUUUCACCAACCUCUCGAUCCAGACCGUCUUCUGGCAACAAAUGACUGUUGAUCUUGAUGUGUCUAUCAACCAACUCAGUAACGCACAGUCCGCCCAGCUUGCAGGUCUUGCCACAGGCUGCAUUUUUUUCAUUCCGUUUACCAUCAAGUAUGGUCGACGCCUGACAUACUUGGUUUCUACAGCUAUCCUCGCAGCAGCAGCGUGGUGGACUUCCUCGAUGCACUCGUACGCAGAACUCCUCGCCACAGCCGUCAUCACCGGCCUUAGCGGCGCAAUCAACGAGACCGCGGUGCAGAUGACUAUUGCCGAUAUUUUCUUCGUCCACCAGCGAGGCUCUGCCAACGGUCUUUAUUUUACUGCCGUAAUGGCAGGAAGCUUUUUGACUCCUUUGGCUGCCGGCUCCCAGGCCGUGACUCAGGGGUGGCGCUGGUCAUACUACGCCCUCUCUAUCUCUCUGACUGUUCUCUUCUUCAUGUUCGUGUUCUUGUACGAAGAGACAAAAUAUGUUCCCGUUACCAUCGGCGAAGGCGAGGUCACAGAAAACAACCCACCACACGACAAGAAUAACAUGGAAAAGGGCGAAAGCUUUGAUAAAGGCGGUCUGGAGUUGAACUACGUGCAGUCCAAUCCCGCCACAGAUGUUCGACCGAAUUCUUACCGCGAACGCAUGCGGUUGUUGACGCCGACCUCGGAAUCCUUACUGCGUAUUUUCAUCUUACCACUCCAUGUCAUCACCCUUCCACAUGUCAUGUUCACUGCUCUUCAGUUUGCAUCGGGCGGUAUAUGGCGUGGAGGGCCGUGA